CCCUUUCUCGUUUCUUCCAAAUCUCAUCUUAUACUUACUUUUUCUCUCUCCUCUUUUUCAUACCGCGAAAUCCAUUUUUUCCCCCAGUUGGUUAGUUGUCUUUUUUGUCUUCCUGAUUUGAAUCCUUGAUAUUGCAAAAACCCUAGUUCAUAAAUAUUUCCUCUUUUUUAAAAAAAAAAAAAUAAUCAAAUUAUGCGUUUAGUUUUCAGAUCUAUAUUUAAAUAACUGUAUUUUUUGCAAAUGUUUUGUGUUGAUCCGCAGAUCUCUCAAAGUAGUUUAUUUGGAUAUCCAGAUUUUGAAUUUUGAGUUUUGAGUUUUGAGCUGUGGAGGUAGGUUAAUUUCAUCUAAUAAUUCAAAUUGAAGGAGGUUUUCUUUGAAUUGGUUAGAAAUUUCAAGGUUUUGCUUAUAAGGACCUUUUAGUUUUCAUUUUUGGCGGUUAAGUACCUUUUAUUUCUUGUGAAGUUUCCAAUUCAGUGCUGUUCUUGGAGUUGUGACAAGUUCUUGUUAGUGUUGGAUUGGAUUGCUGUUGUGGUUAAUUUGAAAUUUCCAAUUUCUUAUAAAUUUUGCGGUAAUGAGUGAUGGAAUGAUGGAAAUAGAGAAGCCCGUAAAUGUUGAUUCAAAGUGUGACAAACAAUGGUUUGUAGAUGCCAGUACUGAACAGGAGGAGCCAUGUGUCGAGAAGCUUAAUUUUAAAACUUUAGAUGGUGUAGAAUUAGAUUGUUGUGCCACGAAUCAUGCCACUAAUUGUGCAACCGAAACUGUAGAUGGUGUAGGAGUAGAAUGUUGUGCCACGAAUCGUGCACCCGAAACUGUAGAUGGUAUAGGAGUAGAAGGUUGUGCCACGAAUCGUGCACCUGAAACUGAAGAUGAUGUAGAAUUAGAAGGUUGUGCCGCGUUUCGUGCACCUGGAACUUUAAACACGGAGGAAUCAGAGUUAGGUGAGAAGCAGGCAAACAAAUUGAAUAAUUGUGAUGUCCAGCCCUAUGUAAGGAUUGAUGUGAAGGAAGCUUCGAAUGAUGAGAUGCUUUCUGAAGUUUCAAAUCCAAAUUUGUCUCCAAGAGAGAACACGUCAAGUUUCCAGACUAUCAGUAAUCAAGGGAUGGAUUUAUUGAGUAAUAAUCAAGGUUGUUCUGGAGAGAUUACAUCUUUUUCAUCAGGGAAUUCAAGUGCGGAUGAGAGUGUCGGUGAAGAAGAGCAUAAUCAAAUUGAUGUAUCUGAGGCAGUUGCGAAAUCCUCUGUGGUACUUGAAAUUCCAAAGGAAUUUAGCACAACUGGUGUCAGGAAGAUUACAUUUAAGUUUAGCAAAAGAAAGGAGGAUUAUGGUAAUGCAUAUGCUUCAGCUGCUCUGCCUGUGACUGAUCGGGUUGAUGAUGGAUUUGGUGAAGCACAUGCAUGGUAUCCUUCUGAUGAUAUGACUCACCGUAUUUCAAGCACAAAUGGAGCAUUUUAUCAACAUGGAGAUCCUUUUUUAUGUCCUCCAAACAUGGAAUUAAAAAUGUCUAAGAAGGUCAUUUCUGAUGCUUACCCGACAAAUGUCAAGAAGCUUCUAUCGACGGGUAUUUUGGAAGGAGCAAGGGUGAACUACAUUUCAACUUCUGGGAAGAUGGAGCUUCCUGGAAUCAUAAAGGAUUACGGAUACUUGUGUGGUUGUUCAUUCUGCAAUUUCUCUAAAGUUCUCAGUGCUUACGAAUUUGAAGUGCAUGCUGGGGGCAAGACUAGACACCCAAACAAUCAUAUUUAUUUGGAGAAUGGAAAACCUAUUUACAGGAUAAUUCAAGAGUUGAAGACUGCACCACUUAGCAGACUAGAAGAAGUUGUAAGAGACGUGGCUGGUUCUUCUAUUAAUGAGCAAUAUUUUGAGGCUUGGAAAGCAAAACUCCUGCAGUGCUAUGAGGUGGCUAGUGCUGACCAAUAUUCUUAUGGAAAGGCUUCAGGAAUUUAUCACUCUAAGCUAAGUUCGGUGAUGGAAGAUGGCCUUAUUUCUGCUUCCUACUCCUAUAUUGACAACUUCCCUCCAAAUCCAUUUAGCUAUAUGGAGACAGCAGAGGCAUGGAAGCAUGUGGCUAAAAAGCCAAGGUGCAAUUUUUCCAGCUCAACAGUAGAGCCAAAAAGACCUGCUGAAGGUUGCACAAGAAAAAGGGAUAAUGACUUGCACCGAUCAUUAUUCAUGCCAAAUGGACUUCCAGAUGGAACUGAUUUGGCAUAUUAUUCUAAGGGGAAGAAAGUUCUGGGGGGCUACAAGCUGGGAAAUGGCAUAGUCUGCAGCUGCUGUGAUACUGAGAUAAGUCCGUCCCAGUUUGAGGCUCAUGCUGGAUGUGCAGCUAAACGUCAGCCUUACCGUCACAUCUACACUUCCAAUGGACUUACCCUACACGAUAUAGCAUUAAUGCUGGCAAAUGGUCAAAGUAUUGCCACCAAUAACAGUGAUGAUAUGUGUACAAUAUGCGGCGAUGGGGGAGAACUGAUUUGCUGUGAAGGGUGUCCUCGGGCUUUCCAUGCAGCUUGUUUAGGUGUACAGUGUACCCCAACCAGUGGUUGGCUCUGUUCAUAUUGUAGAGACAAUUUUGUACCUGGUAGGAAAACUGCAGGAGAUGCAGGACCAAUUAUGAUACGGUUGACAAGAGUGGUUAAAGCUCCGGAGUCUGAAGGUGGUGGGUGCGUUGUUUGCAGGACCCCGGACUUUAGCGUUGCCAAAUUUGACGAUCGGACAGUUAUGCUCUGUGACCAGUGUGAGAAAGAAUACCAUGUUGGGUGUCUGCGGGAAAGUGGGCUGUGUGAUCUGAAAGAACUCCCAAAAGAUAAAUGGUUUUGUUGCAAUGACUGCAAUAAAGUUUAUGCGGUACUUCAGAAUUGUGUUCUGAAGGGAGCUGAGGUCAUUCCAGCACCUGCAGCAACUGCAGUAACUAAG